AUGAAAGGGUUAGGAGCCAAUCGUAGUCGCCACCUGUCGGACUCCUGCGAGCCAGCAGGAGGCCCCCAGAAGCCUCUCUGUCCCUUGACUUCUGACCCUCACAGCACAUUCCUGAUAAACCCAAACAUGAACCAUUACGGGACACUGGACCCCCACCUCCAUCAGUUCCCUCCCACCAGCCCCACCCCGAUGCCCCCCGACUGCCUGCUGCCUUUCAGCCAGAUGUCCAACAGCAGCACCUUCCCCCGUCUCCACUUCAGCUCCCCGGCUGACCCGGUCGACUGCUCCCAGAGUUGCGUCCCUGGUGGGGGUGGCACCGGGCAGGGCAGCAGGGCGGGCACACUGUCCACUUCCAUGUCGAUGGGUGUGGGUUUGGGCCUCGGUCUCAGCGGAGCCCCUAUGAUCACCAGUGGCUCGGCCACAAUCUCUUCCGCAGCGGCAGCCAAGAUGAACCGGCUGCCCUCCAACCUUUUGGAUCAGCUGGAGAGACACCUGCCGCUGCAGCACGACGGCUUCAGUACGCUGCAGUUCCACCGAGGACGCAUGUCCAAGCAGCGCAGCGAAAGUCCAGGACGCAUCCGCCACAUCAUGCACUCUGUUCAAAAACUCUUUGCUAAGUCCCAGUCCCUGGAAAACUCUGCCAUCAAAAGCGGCAUCAGCGUGCGCUCGGCCGGAGGCGGGAGUGGAAACACGGGCACCGGGGAAGACGAGGGCAGGCCGACCCGCAGGAGCAAAAGCAAAGACAGGGCUAAGACGGAGGCGCUGGCAAAGCAGAGACCCAGACCCAAUGCGCUGGGGCUCUGGAGCUCCGAUGACAACCUGGACUCAGAUGGGAGCAAAGCCGGCUCUGUUGCCGUGGGUUACCGUAACCCGCUGAGCAUGAUGACUCUCGGCAGGGCCGUGUCGGACAGCCAGGCCAGACACAUACCACAGGGCUACAACACCAUCUCCGCACACACGCUCAAGACCUCCAAAAGCAGCGGCGACCUCAAGUUCCUGGCAUGCCCGGCAAUGCAGGUGGGAUCCAAAGAAGAUGAGGGCAGAAACAGGGGAGGUAAAGAGGGAACGUUUGUGAAGAGGGGAUCGUGGUCCACGCUCACCCUCAGCCAGGCCAGGCAGGCAUUACAGAAGGGCUCAGCAACAGUCAACAGGACUCUGCUGAAAUCAAAAUCCUGCCACCAGGACCUGGCACAACAAUACCUCCAGAUUCCCCUGGGGGACUGGGCAGGCACUUUGGGUCGCGGCCGGCCCGGCGGGAUGGAGAUCCCCUGUCGGAGGAUGCGCAGUGGCAGCUACGUGAAAGCCAUGGGCGACAUGGAGGACAGCGAAGACUCGGAGGGCAGCCCCAAACCCUCCCCUAAAUCUGCCGCCCGCCGGCAGAGCUACCUGAAGGCCACCCAGCACUCCGUGAGCGAGCAGCAGCCGCCACCUCCUCCACGCAAGCCUCGUUGCUACGCUCUGAUGCGGGAGGAUUAUCUGUGGUCUCCGCUGCAGAGCGCAUGCUCUAUGCAGCAUCUGAGCUCCCUACCAUCAUUGAAAGAGUUUUCCACUAACCGGAGCCUAGAUAACCUCGACUGUCUGGUGAGUCCGGUCGAACCCCCACCACGCCACUGGAAUGACUUCAACCAAGGCUUUAGGACACUGGGCAGAGGCAUGGGCGCUCAGAUAUGCGGUCAGGGUUGUGGACACUCAGCACCAUACCGUGAGGGAGAGUCCCAGGCAGUGGAGGCUCUGGAUCUGCCUGCACCCACGUGCUUCCGAUCCCGUAGCCACAGCUACCUGCGGGCCAUCCAGGCUGGCUGCUCCCAGGAUGAAGAUACAGCCUCUGCAGAUUCAGACUCAUCACCACCACCCACCACCAUGAGCUGCGCCUACAGCUCCAACACCAUUAGUAGGAAGGCUCCUCCUCCGGUCCCACCUCGCAUCACCUCCAAGCCCUUAAUCUCAGUGACGGUGCAGAGCAGCACCGAGUCAGCCCAGGACACCUACCUGGACCAGCAGGACCGCCGCAGUGAGGCCAACAGCCAGUCAGAACGCAGCAACUCCUCUGACAGCCUCUGUAGCAUUCGCUUCAGCAGCCUGGUUAAAGGCACUCGGCACACGGCCCCUGUACCUGUACCUAUACCUUUGUUUGUCCCUGUACCUGCUGUGGCUGCUGCACCUCCUGUCCCUGCCCCCCGUGACCUCCCGCUGCCCACUACCACCACCUCCUUCAUCAGCACCAUCGCUUCCCAGCCCAAGUAUGACACCGUAAGCAUCGGUGUCACCCUAGAGAAGCCCCCGUCAGAGCCCAAGAGGAAGCUGUCCUCCAUCGGGAUCCAGGUGGACUGCCUUCUGCCAAUCCCAAAAGAGGAACCCCUUCCCCUGACUACCCCUCUGAAGUUCCAGUCAAUUGGAGUGCAAGUGGAGAACGGCAGGCCUCUCAGCCGGGGCAGCAGCAUGGCCUCCAGACAGAAUACAGAGAGUGAGCCCCAGGAGUCCCAGGAUGCAACACCCUUAGAAAAUAAAACAGCCAACUGCACUAACAGUACAAUGGUAAAUCCUGCUGCCCCCAAUGGAGCGGAUAUAGCCACGGAGCAGCAGCCCCUCAAACACACAUCCGUCCCCACCAGGAUAUCCACCUUGCUGCCAGAGACCCUGGACCCAGCACUGGACCCCUCCUCCCUGCCACCUCCAGACCCCAGCCUCGAGACUGGAAACUGCAGUGCCCAGGGAGAUGUCACUCAGCCCACCAUGCCUGCCUGUCUCAGAGAUGGUAACUGGUUCCUGAAGCUCCUGCAGGCGGAGACAGCGCGCAUGGAGGGCUGGUGUCAACAGAUGGAGCAGGAGACCAAAGACAACAAGCUGUCAGAGGAGGUUUUGGGGACGAUUCGCAGUGCAGUAGGUAGUGCCCAGCUCCUCAUGUCCAAGAAGUUCCAGCAGUUCAGAGGGCUCUGUAAUGAGAACUUGAAUGUGAAUGCUAACCCACGGCCCACGGCACAGGACCUGGCUGGGUUCUGGGAUCUUCUACAACUCUCUAUAGGAGAUAUCAGCAUGAAGUUCGAUGAGCUCUACCAACUCAAAUCCAACAACUGGCAACUUCCUGAGAAAACGGAGAAGAAGGAGGAAAAGAAGCAGCUUCCAUCAUCCGUGCCAAAGAAGUCACCUAAGCCCAAGCUGAUUGCAGGAAAAGACAGGAGCAUGGACUCAGCUGUGGACAAGCAGCGACAGGAAGCCAGAAAACGGCUGAUGGCAGCAAAGCGGGCCGCGUCAGUACGACAGAACUCUGCCACAGAAAGUGCUGACAGCAUAGAGAUCUAUGUCCCCGAGGCUCAAACCCGCCUUUGAGAGUGGACCAGCAUCAGUUCCCCAUGAAGAAUGAUAAUCUUCUUUCACCCCAAGCACUCAUUGACACAAACACACAAACAGAUCUGAGAUGACCACACAGACAUACAAAAGAUGAAGAGGUCAGCCCCUCUUGGCAGCGAAGCUGAAUAUAGGACAGCUGAAGGAGAUCACAGGGCAUGCAAAACUAUCCCGAACAAUAUAAACAAUGCAAACAGUCUACUGGCUGCCAUGGGACAGAAAUAACCUUGACAGACAAAUGUUUAAUACUAUUGUUAUUAUUGUUAUUACUAUUGAAGUUAUAAUAAUUAUCUCCCAAAUUAUAUCAAGACUGUCUUAAAUGUGCAAGUACCUUGGAUAAAGAAAUCCUGUUCCUUGUGAGCUGAAGAAUCUUGGUAUCCCAGAAGUUUACUCUCUCAUUCCCUUCACUUGCGAGUCUCCAGGUUUACGAGCUGAGCUACCACCCACACACACACUCAGGAUACACGUGCAGGUGUACUCACUGUCCACAGAGUCUUCCUGUUCUCUCUUUGUAUUAGGCUGCCACUCGUCGGGUGUGGUGUGUAAGCUUUACUGUGUAAGAAAUGAGAUCGUGUUGAUUUUACUCAGAGGUUUAAAACGCAGAGAGCCAGAGGAAGGCAGUAGCAUACAUUAUAGAUAUCACACUCUGGUUAUUACCAUGUUCAUUUUGUAAAUGUUCUAUACCAGGUUAUUUGUUAGAGAGAGGUCAGUGUUCAGUACCAAGGUAGUUUUUUAUAGACUGAGUACAUAUAUAUUGUCAUGAUAAAUUAGCACUUGAUGCAAUCAUUCACUCCACUUCUCUCUCCCUCUUUCACAAACGCACACUAAACGGUUUGUCGGUGAAUACCCAUCGUUAAAGUCUUAAAUUUUAUUUUUGUGGAGGGAAUUCAAGAAUUGACAAUGGCCAGUCAUUGUAUGCUACAGAGGAAUGUAUGAAAUGUAUGCAUUUGCUUCUCAUUUGGACUUGAUGACUGCACUUUCCAUUCGCCUCAGUUCCCACCUCUCAGUCAUUCGAACCUUCGCUGCAUCCUUGUGAUGCAGGGGACCAAGACCUUCACCACCUCAUAAGGCAUUCCCACUCCACCAAACUGUUUCAGUACAUGUGUUGGGGCAGGGGUUUUAUUUCUGUUGGAAAGGAAAUGGGAUUAGCAAUAAUUAACUAGUAAUUUCAUCUGACAGUGGAAAUGAGAUUUAAAUGUCCAGUCUUAAUUCUUUUUAAUUUAACAUGUCCAAUAAAUCUGCUUGAUAUGAAUGUUUAUUAUUUACUUAUUCUAUUCUGAGGAAUAAGUUGUUUCGGGAAUGGGUAUAGCAAUCUCAGGGUGAGCACAUUAAGUUCAACAGCCAAAACCUUUUAAGUGACAACCAACAUUUAGUAUAACCACUACUUGAUUGGACGAUUGUGGAUAACCUUGAAAGCCACUAUUUCUAAAUAUUUUAAUGAUAAAAAUUUUAAAGUAUCUACAAAUUUUUACAAAUGAGCUCACCGAGGCUUGGAAACUAUCAAGUGGUAGUUUUAGUGGGUUUGAUCAUUCUGACUGCUGAAGCUGAAUGAAUUUAGUCUCGGUCCGUUUCCCAGCUGUUUAAACUCCCAACAUUGUCAAAAGGUGCUUUGUUGAAACUAUGGUACAUUUUUUAAUUUAAAUUUUAGUGUUGUGCAACACUUUCUGUGACUUGGUGUGUAAUCUAUCCGUUGUGAGGUCAACCAAGAGUUGCAAAUUGAUUUUAUAAAACUGAUGGUGCUGCAAAGGAUUGGCUACAGUGCCUAGACGGCAUGGAGUUAUUCAUUGAAUUAUCAACUUUUCAAUACCAUUAGGAAGAGUUUUAUUUUUUUUGAAGUGAGGUGCUCUGAUAAAUUGUUAAUGUUGGCUGCAUGUGCGCUUUUAAACCGAGCACCAUUUCAUCAGCUCACCCCAGAAGUUGAACUAUGCUUUGUCCCCAUUCAACCCCAUGAGAAUGACAAGAAUUACAUUUGAGAGAAAUGGAAUUUAUAUUCGUUCUCUUUCAUGUCUUCUCGUCAGUCAUUUCAAAUGUGAUCUGGAAUGCCAAGGGGGCAGAAGUGAACAUGUACAUGGAAGGGUUGAAACUUUUUUGUUUUCUUUUAAUUAAGAGCUGGCUCUCCCCCUAUUGGUCAAACAUUGCAUCACUCAACAGUCACAAAUUCCAGUACACUCCAUUUUGUAUUUUUAGUUUUCAUUAACAUAAUAGGUGAACUAGAACUGGGAAUGCUGACACAGCACCAGGUUGAGUUUAUUUGUUUAUUUGUAUUACAUCAACUAUGGACAUGUACGUUUCAUUGUCCAAAGAAAUCAUUAAACAUCCCUUUGCUA